AUGUCGUCCUUUGGCACAGUUAUGCCCACCGCGGCACGCGGAAUUCUGUCCUCAUGCAGAUUACCCUUACGAGAGAAAGCCAUUGCCCCGGCUUUCCUCGGCCUCCAGCAGGUUCGGGGCUUCAAGGACCAGAAGAACAAGGGUAAGGGCAAGGGAAAGACUAGCGCACCCAAGAAGGACGGUCGGGGAGCUCGAGAUUUCCAGCAAAAGAACCUUAAGGAUAUGGAGCGAUUUGCGCUAUGUGAUGCGAUGCGCUUCAUCCGGGCAACGGAGGUCGGUCGCGAGCCUACAACUUCGAAAUACGAAAUCCACAUCCGUAUCCGAACAAGGAAAGAUGGACCUGUCAUCCGAAACAUGAUCCGAUUCCCUCACGCCGUCCAAACCGAGUCCCGAAUUUGCGUCAUCUGUCCCCCCGGAUCCAAGCAGGCGAAGGAGGCCCUGGCUGCGGGUGCUGUUCUUGUUGGAGAGGACGAGGUGUUUGAGGCUGUCAAGGCAGGCAAGAUUGAGUUCGACCGGUGUCUCGCUCACCCCGACAGUUUGCCGGCGUUGAACAAGGCCGCACUUGGACGAAUCCUCGGUCCGCGUGGUCUCAUGCCCAGUGUGAAGACUGGUACUGUGGUUGACGAUGUCGCUUCCCGUGUUGAAAUGCUUCGCGGAGGUACCGUCUACCGUGAGCGUGACGCUGUUAUUCGUCUUCCCAUUGGCCAGUUGGGAUUCUCGCCGGAGCAGUUGCGGGACAAUCUGCGCACAACGAUUGAGCAGGUCAAGAAGGACGCUGCUGGUCUCAAUGAUCGCAUCAACAAGGAGGUCUACGAAGUGGUUCUGAGCUCAACUCACGGCCCCGGCUUCAGCCUUAACGGAGAAUUCACAACCGACAACUCUCCACCAACCUCUGCCUUGACCGGCGUGUAA